AUGCCGAAGUUGUCGUCGCCCCUAGGGCCCAUCACACGCACAUUCUCCGACAUAAUACACGCCUUUGUCGCUGCCGUCGCCAGAUUGGACAAAUCCCUGAACCCCGCAGUGACCUUGAACCGACUGCGCGCACACAACUUUACGCGUUGGGACUCCCUUUAUAUCUUCCAUUUUGCCAAUGCUACCUUCUGGAUAACGCUGAUGCAGGAUCCAGCAUAUCCGAAGAAGCUGGCAAUUCCUAUCCUAUAUGCAAUUGCUCUGCUUAUUCCAUUUACAAGUCAGUUUUUCGUCCCAGCGACCCCAGUGUUCAGUUGGAUUCUCUCGUGGUAUUCCUCAAGGUUCAUGCCAUCGGCAUGGAGGCCGUCGAUUUCAGUAUCUCUUCUCCCCACUCUUGAAUCCGUGCUCUAUGGUGCCAACAUAUCCGACAUUCUUACCCGGUUCACCCACCCUAUUCUCGACAUUCUUGCAUGGCUUCCGUACGGUGUUGUGCAUUUUACGUGCCCAUUUGUCGUCGCCAUUUUUCUCUGGCUUUUCCGCUCCAAGCAGACCCUCCACUUAUGGGCCCGUACUUUCGGGUACAUGAACUUGGUUGGUGUCCUCAUUCAAAUCGUUCUUCCUUGUUCCCCCCCUUGGUACGAGCUUAUUCACGGCCUCACACCCGCCAAUUACGGAAUGAAGGGUUCCCCUGGUGGUCUUGCCCGCAUUGACGCUUUAUUCCACUCCUCUUCGUAUACCACCGGUUUCACCAACUCUCCCUUGGUAUUUGGCGCUUUCCCCUCACUUCAUGCUGGCAACGCCACCCUGGAAGCCUUCUUCCUUUCCCAUUUCUUCCCCCAGGUACGAAAUUACAUUUGGGCAUACGCCACCGUGCUUUAUUGGGCAACCAUGUACCUUACGCAUCACUACCUCAUCGAUGUCGUCGGUGGUGCAUGUUUGGCUACUGCAUUCUUCUAUCUUUUCCUUCCAGAUGAACUCCGUGGUCCUGCAGCACUUGCUCCUCCUCCAAAUCUUAACCUUGCCAGUCAUUCGAGGAAUAAAUAUAACCAAUACGAUCUCGAAGACCCACGAGCAGCUCCUUUAAAUGGCUACGGUCGUGGUGGAGUGAUGCUUUCCGCUCGUGAGUUUGACGCAAUAAGCGAACCAAGUUCAGAAGAAGAGGAAGAUAUUACCUACAGAUCACCGGUACCUGGUGCGACAUCAUUCCCAGCUGGUGUACAUGAUAGUGCGGCUCCAAUGCUAGCAUCCGCACCCCCAGGGAAGAAAGGACCUGCCGCGAGCACACGAGGAAGGGGACAUCGGCAUACAGCAUCAAUUGCCAGUUUGAUUCGAGGUGAAGAAAGGGGUCCAGAAGAUGGCUGGAGUCCUGUUGCUGGCUCAUUCCCAGGUGGAAAUGGUCGCGGACGCGUGGAUUGA